UGGGUCGAAGGAAGAUUGCAAUGAAGAAAAUUGAGAAGAAAAGCAGCCUCCAAGUUGCGUUUACGAAGCGCCGCGGCGGCCUAUUCCGCAAAGCCACCGAGCUCGCCGUCUUGUGCGGCGUCGAGAUCGCUAUUCUGGUCAAGUCUCCCGCCGGCAAACUCUACUCCUUCGGCCAUCCCUCCGUCGAGGCUCUCAUCAACCGCGCUCCGGCGCAGAUCCGCCGCGAAUACGAGGGCAGGGACCAAUUGGGAAAUAUUGAAGAAAAUAUGAAGAACUGUGCUCUUCCAUCUUCUUCUUCUUCUUCAAAUCUGAUCGCAGCAGAUAACUUUGUGAUUGAUGCAGCCCCACCACUCUCACUUCAACAACUCAUCGCAGCAGAUGACUCUGUGAUCGCGGCAGAUCAUAGCCUUUAUGAUGGUGAAGAAGCUCUUGACUUCUUUAAUUGAUUAUCAGAAUUAUCGAUUACAUUUUGGGAGCCUAAUUAUGUGAAUUCAUUCAAUCUCCACAAUUAG